CUGUCAAGGUGACACUCGCGUGCACGCACAGCCGGGAUGCAUACUGUUACCAGAGAGUUGAGUCGCUGCCUUGCCUUGAACCGUGCACAAUUAGAAUGAACUGUGGCCACACAUGUGAGAAGAAAUGCCACAAGUUUGAUGACCCGCAGCAUAAGAUGCACAAGUGCUUGAAGACCUGUGGCCAGAAAAGGGCAGGCUGCUCUAAAAGUCACAUGUGUAGGAAAAUGUGUCAUGAAAUUUGUGAAGAGUGCGAUGUCUUGGAAGAGAAGGAGUUGGCCUGCGGACACAAAAUGAGGAUGAGGUGCAAGGAUGACCCUGCAGUGAAACAAUGUAAACAGCGGUGCUCCCGCCGGCUAGCCAAUUGUCCCCACGAAUGCAAGAAGUUGUGCUUUGAAACCUGUGGUCCGUGCACAGUAAGG